UAUAAUUUGCAACUUGUUAUUAAAAAGUUGAGUUUUAUCAAGUUAAAAUAUGAGGAGAUAUAAACGUUUAAUUUUGCUGAUAGUUAUUUUAUUUACUGUAAAAAAAGAAUUAACAGAAGCACAAAGUUGCAAGGAUGUAAAAAAGCAAAUAAUGUUUUUGGUAGAUUCUUCCUAUAGCGUAUGCGAAUCAAAUGAUAUUGACCAUCCAGACUGUAACUGGAAUAUUAUGAAAAGUUUUUUAAAAGAUGUUGUAGCAUUGUUGCCCAUGCAAACCAGAAAUUUACAAGUUGGAAUCACGACAUUUUCUACAAGGAUCAAUAAGCAAACAAACUCGUCGUUAACCUCUGACCAAAAUUUGCUUAUGACAAUUAUUGAUCAGAUGCCAUAUGUUGGAGGUAACACCAAUAUCUCGGGAGCUUUAAGGUAUGCACGUUCCAUAUUUUUGAACGGAAUGUAUUCUUCAAAUAUUGAUGUCAAGAAAGUGAUUGUGUUGAUAACGGAUGGACUAUCAAAUGUUGAUUCUUCUUUAACCCUCCAAGAAGCCAGACUAAACAAACAAUUGUCCAUUGAACAAUAUGCGAUCGGAGUCACCAAGUACAUGAACGAAGAUGAGCUGCAGGAUCUAGUCAGCGACCCUGUUUCGUAUCAUUAUCUGAAUGCGUCAGAUUUCAGCCACCUCAACUUACUGAUCAACGAGCUGCUCCAAAGACUUACUUGCAGCCAGCCACCUCUACCUGAACCUUGUCGAGACACCAGAUCCGACAUAGCGUUUGUUUUAGAUUCGUCUGGAAGCAUAAUUAUUCAGCAUUCCGACAACUCAAGAGAUUUAUCUAACUGGGUGCUAGUAAAAAAUGUUGUCAUUAAUGUAGCCAAAAAUCUCAACAUCGGUCUUAGCCAGACAAGAAUUUCUCUGAUUACGUUCUCGCAUAUUGCUAGAGUAGAAUUUUAUUUGAAAGAUUUCAACGAUUUUGAAUCACUCGCUGCCAACAUAUCGAAAAUUGACAUCAUUGGUUCAGAAACGAAUACGUCAGGAGCGUUGAGACUAAUGAAUGAUGUUGUUUUCAACGUUAAAAACGGUGACCGGCCCGACGUUCCCAACGUCGCCAUCGUCAUGACCGAUGGUCAAUCUAACGUUAACUAUACCGGCACCGUACCUGAAGCGACCAGAGCUAAAAACUCAAAUACUCGAAUAUUUGUAAUAGGUUUGACCGACGAAAUCUAUUAUAAAGAGCUGCAGGGUAUAGCCAGCCUACCAUGGGAAACUCAUUUGUUCAACCGAACGUCAUUUUCUCUGGCUGAUACCAUAGUCAGUAAUCUGGUGUGGAAUGUAUGCCAUAGUCCAUGCACCCACGUUGAAAAUGGAUCAUGUAAUAAUGGAUCAAUAACAAGAUGCUGCCAAACGAGAAACUAAGUUGGAUCACGUACCCGGGAAGUCUCAUCAUUGGACACGACUAUGCCCGGCUAACUGACAUUAUGACUGCAGACGCGUGCAAGUCCAUCUGUCUGCAGGAUCCUCUCUGUCGUUCAAUUGAGUUCAUCCCGCUUUAUCAGGAGUGUAGUGUCUCAUAUUACCGAAAGUCUGAUGUCACGCAGAGUUUCAGGAAGGACCCAGAAGUCAAUUAUUAUGAAUGGAUUUGUGCUUUUUAGUUUUCCAUUUUUUUAGAACUCGUGUACUUUUUCGAUCAAAAUAAUCAAUAAUUUCAUCUUUGUAGCAGUGAGUUAAAGUUUUUUACACACAAAAUUUGUUGAAAAAUGAGAUUUUCAUGUAGUAUUGAUAUUAUAGUUUUAUUUGUUUUUGUAUUUUUAAAUUAAAACAUAUAUUUUACAGAUAAAUCAAAGAUUUUCAUUAUCGUUUUGUUUUUUGUUAACUUUAAUCUUUUAAAAUUUUGCGUUCAUUAAAAAAACGAUUUUAAAGAAAGAAAGAAGAAA